AUGCCCAAGAUCUUGUUGAGACCUGGUCACAACAAUCCAGUGUUCAUAGCCUUCCUUCACAUGUACAAGAGCUGCUCUCCACUCAGAAAACCCGCCGUGCUCUACCACUUACUUCAUUCAUUUUACGAAUCUUCCUCUUCAUGUGGCCUCAUCAUCUCUCCUGAAAAAAGUAGGAUCUUUUCUCUACAAAACCCACGAACACUACCCGAAUUUCUAGUGGGCCCCAGCAUUAUACCAUUCUGCACACAGUAUCUUUACUUGGGAGCUCCAGUUCGAGUCCUUCCCACGACGCCAGCACGUCAACGUGUCCAUCCCAUUGUUCAGGAAUUACUGACACGACUACAACGGCGCCUUGAACCCCUUCGCUGGUUAACCAACAAUGUUGCUGGGGUCUCCAUUCCCGUGGCCAGAAAUAUCUAUACAGCUUUUAUCCGUUCAGUAGUUGAUUAUCUAUCUCCAACUCUUAGUCAACUCUCCAAGACAGCACUAGAUCCCCUAGAAAAAUUUCAGAAUAAGGUAAUGCGCUGCAUUCUAGGAUGCCCAAUGUCCACUAGGAUUGCUAACAUGCAGCAGGAGCUUCGUCUCCUUCCUCUUGUGGAACGAAUCUUUGCCAAUGUAACAUUCUUUACUGUCAAGUGUCUCCAUUCCUCCAGUCUUGCUCCACAUUAUGCAGGCCUUAUUAAUAUGUCACUUGACCCCGAUUCUCGUCCCCCACAACUCCGACCAGGUGGCCGUGCUCUUAUUAGGAAUGUUUGCCGAGACCUUAGAAGAUUGGAUAUUAAUGUUCCCCAAGAGGAAGUUGACCAUGGUCCUCCCCCGUGGCAAACUACUCCUGUAGCAGUUUCCUACACACCCACCUGUAGGAGGGACCUACCCUGCCAACAGAAACAACUAGCCCUAGAGGCCAUUGACAAGGUAAGGUCUUCCAUUCCUGCCUCUCACACCCUCUACGUUGACGGUUCUUUACAAAUAGAUGGAACUGCUGGCUGUGCUGUCUACUCUCCUACUAUUGAACCACCGAAUGAAGGAUGGACUGGACGCCGUCUGCGGGACUGGUCAAGCUCUACCUCCUGUGAACUGCAUGGGCUUCUAGAUGCUGUUAGCCUACUAUUAAGGACCAGAAGCAAUGGACUAGUUAUUUGUGACUCGCAGUCUGCCCUCUGUGCCCUCUCCUCCCCAAAGCCUGAGGCCCGUAGCCUAGUCAAUAACAUACUGCGCCAUCUAGUCACGGCCAUUAGACAUGCACUUGUAAUACAUUUCCUAUGGAUUCCCUCGCAUGUUGGAGUAGCAGCUAAUGAUGUUGUGGACCGUCUUGCCAAAGCUGCCUGUAGACUUGCCCUACCUGCGGCAGACGCCUCGCCAGCAACCCUCUCCCACUACAAGCGGAGGAUACGUACUUCCGCUCAAUUGUCAACCACUCGGCGCAGGAACGUCGAGCGGCCAGCGAGUGUGAGCAUCCAGCACUACGACCACUUCGCCUCUCGUCCCUACAAGUACCGACGCCGCGGUCUGCUGGUAAGAAGACACAAUGUGGUGGCUGCCC